AUGGCGGUCGUCGGGGCUCCGCGGGCUUCCCGCCUGGCCGCCUCCCUGCUCGCGCGCCCGCGGGGCGCCCCCUGCGCAUCCCUGCACGUGUCCGCGCCGCGCCCGGGGCCCAGAGUGGCGCUGGUGCUGUCGGGCUGCGGCGUCUACGACGGCACGGAGAUCCACGAGGCGUCCGCGGCGCUGGUGCACCUGAGCCGGGCCGGCGCGGCCGUGCAGAUGUUCGCGCCCGACGUGGCGCAGAUGCACGUGGUGGACCACGCGCGGGGGCAGCCGGCCGACGGCGACAGCAGGAACGUGCUGACCGAGUCCGCCCGCAUCGCCCGCGGCAGGAUCACCGACCUGGCCCGGCUCCGCGCCGCCGACCACGACGCCGCCAUCUUCCCCGGGGGCUUCGGCGCCGCCAAGAACCUGAGCACGUUCGCGGUGGACGGGAAGGACUGCCGCGUGCUGCCCGGCGUGGAGCGCGUGCUGAGGGACUUCCACCAGGCCGGCAAGCCCAUCGGGUUGUGCUGCAUCGCGCCCGUGCUGGCCGCCAAGGUCUUGCGCGGCGUGGAGGUGACCGUGGGCCACGAGGAGGACGAGGGCGGCCGCUGGCCCUACGCGGGGACGGCCGAGGCCAUCAGGGCCCUGGGCGCCACGCACUGCGCCAAGGACGUGACCGAAGCCCACGUGGACGCGGCGAACAAGGUGGUGACCACGCCGGCCUUCAUGUGCGAGGCGGAGCUGCACCUGGUGCACGACGGCAUCGGCGCCAUGGUGCGGGAGGUGCUGCGGCUGGCCGGGCGCUGA